AAUGGAAAACAAUAAAAAUUUAUAUUUAAAUGAGGAACACAAUAUACAGUAUAGAUAUAAACGGUGAAGUACAAUAUUUUUACCUUUAUUUCCAGUCAACACGAAAUAAAGCUUGGACUCCUGACAAGAUGAUGCCAAGGAGACGGAGAACUCAGGUCUUCAAGUUGAUCUUCAUCUUCUCUAUCCUUUAUUUCGUAGCUUUCAGGAGUUCAGACACUUCUCAACUUUCACAGUUUUGGGAUAAAACGACGACAACGAAGAAGGAUAACUUGGAUUUGCAACAAGAGCUGAAGGAACCAAACCUAGCAAGGAAGGAAGAAGAGAACCUGGAGGGAAACCAGGAGAACAAGGAAAACCAAGAGAAACAGGAGAAACAGGGAAACCAGGGAAACCAAGAGAACCAGGAGAACGAGAGAAACCUGAAGAACAAGAGAAACCAGGAGAACCAGGGAAACCAGGAAAACCAGAAUGAAGAUAAUGCUAAGGAGGAUGCAGAGAACCCUGAUGAUGAAAAGAAGGAACCUGAACCUCUGAAAGUGAUCCUUCCCCCACAGAACCCUGUAGGACCAGGAGAAAUGGGGGAAGCAGUUGAGAUCAAGGAUCCAGAUCCAGAAACCAAACUGAAAAUAGAGGAUGGAUAUAAAAAGAAUGCAUUUAAUCAGUAUAUUAGUGAUAUGAUAUCUUUACACAGAUCCCUUCCUGAUCUCAGAGAUGAUUGGUGUAAAGCACCAGACAGACAUUUAAAAAAUCUUCCUCAAACCUCAGUGAUACUAACAUUCCAUAACGAAGCUCUUUCCGUCCUACUCAGAUCAGUUCACUCUAUCCUAGACAGGUCUCCACCUGAGCUAAUAAAAGAGAUCUUAUUGAUUGAUGAUGGGUCGGAUAUGGAGCAUCUCAAGGACGAGCUGGUGGACAACAUUAUUCCACUCGGCAAGGUUCGAGUGAUCAGGACUAAUGAGAGAGUUGGACUUAUCAGGGCUAGACUUAUUGGAGGAAGUCAGGCUACUGCCCCGGUUCUAACUUUUCUAGGUUUAGUCAUUUUUAAAAUUAGUUUUAGAUGUGGAAGCUACUUCUCUGUGGGAGGAUUUGACUGGGGUCUGCAGUUUAACUGGCAUUCUCUACCAGCUCAUGAAGUAGCUCGGAGAUCUCAUCCCUGGGAACCUGCUCAUUCUCCUACCAUGGCAGGGGGACUAUUCGCUAUCAACAAGGAAUACUUUGAGAAGCUAGGAACCUAUGAUCCCCAGUUUGAUAUCUGGGGAGCAGAGAACCUGGAGAUAUCCUUCAAGAUCUGGAUGUGCGGAGGAACGUUAGAGAUCGUUCCUUGCUCCCAUGUCGGACAUAUUUUCCGGAAAAGAUCUCCAUAUAAGUGGAGAUCCAAUACGAAUGUUCUAAAAAAGAAUUCUGUAAGGUUGGCAGAAGUUUGGAUGGAUGAAUAUAAGGAGUACUACUAUAGCCGGAUAAACCAUGAUCUAGGAGAAUACGGAGACGUAUCUAGUCGUAAAGCUCUGAGAGAGAGAUUGAACUGUAAAUCCUUCAAGUGGUACCUGGAUACAAUAUUCCCAGAGUUAUUUAUACCCGGAGAUUCUGUAUCAAGCGGAGAUAUUUCCAACCCACAAUCCAACACUUGUUUAGAUUCGGGUGUUGGUCCGAACGAUCUGAUGAAACCUGUAAAACUAUGGCCCUGUCAUCAUGAGGGUGGAAACCAAUACUGGAUGAUGUCGAAGAAAGGAGAAAUAAGACGAGAUGAAGGUUGUUUAGAUUACGGAGGAUUAGAGGUUAUUGUGUAUCCCUGCCAUGGAGACAAGGGUAAUCAAUGGUGGAUAUAUGAUGAGGAGAAGAAAAGAUUGAAGCAUAAACUCACACAUAAAUGCCUGACAGUAGGCGAGGAAAGAAUUAGAUUAAAAAUGAUUGAUGAAGAUUGUGUUGGGAUAAAGUCUCUACCGGACAAAGUUCUUCUUAAAAUCUUCAGUUUUAUUCCACAAAAGUACAUGGUGGCGGUUUGCUCCCGGGUAAACAGGAAAUGGAAAACUAUAUCUCAGGAUUCAAGACUGUGGACCUUUGUGUCAUUAAGACCGGAGAUAUCAGGGUUAAAUAUUCCCAGUAUUGAGUUCCUAGUUAAUCUCAUUCAUCGUAGGUUUGGAACUAAUCUGAGAUACCUAGAGCUUCCCUGUGAUCUCAUAACAAUUGAGGUUCUCCAUGAGCUAUCUCAGCGGUGUCCUAACCUAACCCAUCUCCUAUUGGAUUUCUCACAUGGAGCUCAGUUAGCGGACUUCUCAGGACUCUCAGCCUUCCCCACCAAGAUUAGAUACCUUUGCUUUUGUCUGAGUGAAACCAUUUUCCUGGACAAUUUUAUGAAAAAGAUUUAUAAUUUUAUAAAUGGAACGGAAUCUCUUCAUUUGUAUGGUACAUAUGAGCAGGGUGAAGAAGAGGAAGGAGAAGUUUAUGAAGUUCUGAAUAUAAGAUCUCUGAAGCAAGCAACUCCGAACCUCAGUGUGAUAAACCUGUGGGGAGUCAGCUUUGUUGAUGAUGCUCAUAUAGAAGCUUUUAGUUCCAACUGUAUCCAGACACUUAUAAAUAAUUAAAUUCGAUAUUUUUGUUUGAAUCUGAAUAAAUUUCAGGGUGGUAGUUUGAAGAUAUUACUUCAGCGGUGUAAACAUCUCAGAUGUUUAAUGUUGAAACAGACUGGUCUCUCCGGAGAUCUAGUUCAACAGGCAGAGUGGGAGAAAGCGACUUCUUUAAGGGAGCUGGAUAUAUCUUCCACUGAUCUAUCCAGUCCUGUAAUCCAGGAUAUAUUGACCCGUAUACCAGGACUAACCUGGCUAGCUGCAGGUCAACUAGAUGGGAUGAAUGACGAGGUUCUGAUCAGCUGGCUGGAGAGU